UCUAAUGCAUUGUAUGGUCCAACUAUCCUUGAUCUUGCCUACUACAUACAGUCAGACCUGGCACAAAUGUCAUAUGUGUUCACAUCACAAGCGGUUGGGUUUUUGGUGGGUACUGUUGGAGGAGGAUGGCUGUUUGAUAGGUACAACAACUAUCUAGUUCUUGGUGGUUCUUCAUUGGGAUUGGCUAUGUCAAUGGUUGUGUUUCCUUUGGUUAAAAAUGUAUUUGCUUUGAUAGCAAUUGGAGCAGUUAUGUCAGUAUUUUCUGCAAUGUUUGAUACAGCUGGUAACGUCUAUGUCUUCAUUCUCUGGCCAAAAAAAUCCCAACCAUACAUACAAAUGUUGUACUUCUUCUAUGCAGUUGGAAAUAUGAUUGCGCCAUUACUUGCCAAGCCAUUUCUCCUUCCAAAAGAAGUCACAACCUCAACAUCAAAUACCACAGUAAGACCUGAAGAUCCUAUACCAAGCGUGGCAUGGGCUUAUUGGCUUGGCACAAUACCCUGUAUUUUGCCUGGAGUAUUUUUCUUGGUCUGUGCUUUCCUUAAAUCACUGCAAGAUGAAGUAGUUGAGAAAGAGCAACAGCGUCCAGCAAGUCACUCCAACAACAAAGUGUUCACAGGAACUGUGCUUGCUUUGUUCUUCAUGUUCAUAUCUCUUUAUACAGCAAUUGAAGAAAGCUAUGGUGGCUUUGUCUUUACAUUCGCUGUAAAGUCCAAACCACACAUGACUGAAGACCAGGCAGCACUUUUGACUGCAACCUUCUUUGGAACAUUUGCAUUUUCCCGAUUCCCAUCUAUUGCAUUAGCCAAAUAUUUKAAACCACACAGCAUUCUUUUCAUUGAUAUUAUAGGAUGUAUUAUUGCCAGCGCAAUACUUGUCUCACAGCACAGUGAAUGUGGUGUCAAGUCAAGUACUARACUGUGGKUAGGGACAGUUAUUCUUGGCAUUUCAGCAUCAUCUGUUUUUGGAUCGUUGUUAAGCUGGGUGGACACUUUCCAGACAGUAUCUGGACGUUUAGCCUCGUUCCUUUUUGUUGGUGCAUGUGUUGGUGGGAUGAUAGUACCAGCUGUUGUUGGAAAUACUUUCAAAUCUAUAGGUCCUUGUACACUUACGCACUGUAUCUUGACCCUUAGUUGCCUUUGUCUGCUUAACUUUGCUGCAAUUUACCUUUUUGGUAGAUAUAAGCCAAAAGAUAAUGACAAUCGCAGAUGGAGCGUUGUCUAUUUAUAGUACACAGUAGAGAUUUCUCAUUUAUGAUGACAAAGCAAUCCUAAACACCAUAACUCAAGCACUUAAACAUUAUUUUCAGAUAGCUGUAUUUCACUAAACCUUUCUUAAAGUUACGAGCCAUGAAUUAUUAUAAAACUCAUAGAAAUAUAGAAAAAUCAUAACCCACAAAGAGGGUUGUAAAUCCACAUACAGAUUGCCCAUUCAUAUUGUACAAUUAUAUAUUACUUACAGCACUAUUUUUUAAAUAGGUAUUUAUAACUUGUAACUGAUUUUUGUAACUUAAAGGGUUAUCUUAACAUUCUUCAUUCUUCGUGAUGUAACCUUUUGGAACCGACUUUUUCAUCAAUAAGGUUUAAAUUCAGUUUAAUGAACAAAUUCAGUUGGCAGGUCAAAAAUYCAGUUUAAUGAACAAAUUCAGUUGGCAGGUCAAUUUUUAUUGAUGUUUUUAAAUUAAACAAUUAUUAAUUA